AUAAAUAGCCCAUCAUAACCAAAAUGAGGUCACUGUAUGAAAUAGUAAUAUAGACACGUGGGCGGAAGUGAGCGACGUCAUGAAAACAGUGAGGCAGUGAGGCGGAGGAGCAGCAGCCCGUCAGUCAGUGGAUGUGACACGCUUACAAAUACACAGAAAAGAAGGCAGCGAGCAGCAGGACACCAUGAUCCGGCUCCUGCAGCGGGUUUAGUGUGCUUAGAUUCAACUGGACGGCGGACUUCUUGUGAUAUUUAGUCUCCUCUGAGUCCUCAUCAGCACCAGACAGCACCAUGGUGAAGCAGUCGGACCGAGCCCCGCUACUUGACUGGGAGGAGAUCCCGCCGCCAGAUCCCAACCAGGCGGCCCCAACGCCGCAGCCGCAUCCUCAGCAGCCGCGGGGGGAGGAGGACGCGCCGGCGGAGAAACGUUCGCAGCCAGCCGGGCGACGCACACCGACAGGGACCGCCUCGGCUGGCUGCACCGCCACUAACACCAUCACUACCAGCCCGAUGAGGAGUGUAACAGCUGUUGUUGGCAGCAGGAACGGGAACGGAAGCCCAGGCCGAGCAGAUCUCUCCGGUCAUGGGUGGGACCGCCCGGAGCCUCUCGGUUCAGACCGUAAUGUUCCCUUCUCCGGCCUCUCGGUGAGGGCUCAGUGGGAGGAGAAAGACCAGAUCGUGUCUGUGUUUGUGGUUACCUUUGAUACAAGAUCAGGGAAUAUGGUAGAGUGGUGCCUGCCUCACGAUAUCAACCUGGAUGGAGUUGAAUUCAAGUCGAUUGCCAGCGGUUCCCAUCGGAUCACCAGCGACUUCAUAUAUUUCCGUAAAGGCUGUUACUUCGGCCUGGCCUGUUUCGCCAACAUGCCAGUGGAGAGCGAGCUGGAGCGAGGGGCGAGGAUGAAGUCUGUGGGAAUUCUGUCUCCCUCCUACACUCUGCUUUACCGCUACAUGCCCUUCCUGGAGAACCAAGUCAGACACCAGUUGCAGUGUCCGGGCCAGUAUUCUCCACUGGAGGCCUUCUACGAGGAUAAGAAGGCCGUCCUUCCCCCGACAGGAAAUGGUCUGGUUACCGCUUGCCCGACCUGGAGCGUUACCACCAUCAACCGCUGUAUGCACCCAGAAAUGAAGAUCACCCACCCGGCUGGCUGCAUGUCGCAGUUCAUCCAGUUUUUCGGGGAGCAGAUAAUGGUGCUGUGGAAGUUUGCGCUGCUUAGGAAACGCAUCCUCAUCUUCUCUCCUCCACCUGUAGGCGUGGUCUGCUACAGGGUGUACUGCUGCUGCUGCCUGGCCAAUGUCUCCUUACCUGGAAUCGGCGUCUCUGUGCCUGAAUUGCGGCCUUUCUUCUACGUCAACAUAGCCGACAUCGCUGCCCUGGAAACAGAGCUGUCGUACGUUGCCUGCACAACAGAGAAGAUUUUUGAGGAGAAGAAGGAGCUGUACGACGUCUACAUCGAUAACCAGAAUGUGAAAACACACCGAAGCCAUUUGCAGCCGCUGCUUCGACUGAAUGCAUCGGAUAAGGAGAAGUACAGGAAACUGAGUGAACAGAGGCAAUUGUUGCUGUACUCUCAGGAGGUGGAUGGAGACUGCACAUCAAAUGAAGAGGAUCUUUUCAUUCUGUUCUUCAUGGAGCUGAAUAACCGCAUCUUCCAGACCCUGUCGGACAUAGCAGGGAGCCCCGAUCCCACCCUCACCGCAGAGCACGUGAGGGCCAUGGGGCUGGAUCCCCAGGGCGAUCACUCCUUCCUGGUCGACCUGCUGGAAGUGUACGGCAUCGACGUCACGCUGGUCAUAGACAACCUCUGCUGCACCUGAGCCCCCCCACCCUCCCGCAGCCUGGGAAAGUCUGAACGCCACUGGAUAUUUGUGCCUUCAAGGCCCUCACACACACACACAAAGACACUGAAGACACUGCCUCCACCCUGGGACUUCCAUCUGUCGCCUGCUGUCCCCUCCUGGGUGUCUGUUUUCCCUCUGUGCGUGCCUCAUCUGACCUGUGGAGACUGUUUUCCAAACAGCGUGGAUGAUGAGGACACUUGGUGCACUGGUCCAAAGUGGUUGAUAAAAGCCUGCCUAGCAGACAGUACCGCUUGGCAGCUGCGUGGUCUUUGAGCCAUUCACAUCUUAUGUCACUCAGUGCUGUUUGUUGUCAGAAGUACUUGUUUGCUUGUGUGCGCUUGUUUGAUUUUGAUUCCGGCUGAUGUGGCCAGGGCUGAAGCACUGGAUAAAAAAGUAUGGUCAGGUCUGGUCAUCACAGCAGGAUGAUCGGUCGUUCUCCACUGCACCCUUCACAAUGAAGAAGUCAUUGAAACACACGCAGUCCUGCAGCUUUGGUGUCCACUUAACGGUUCGGCUGGAGAAAAGACUCACAUUCUAUGGGGUAGAUUUUACUGCUGGAAAAUGAAUUUGUGUGCUUCAAAAAGAUUUUAUAGAAGAUUCUAGGCGUCAUGAUGUGCAACAAAUUCAUCCCGCUGUAAUAACAUGCUUGGAUGACUAUGUUUUAGUAAAUCGUAUGCUUUAUUUGCCUUUCAAAAAGGAAGCAAUAGGAGUCUGUGUUAGGUUGAAUCUGCCUUCUCCAUGUACAUGUGUUUUUCCAGUUUUUACUAUUUCUUUCACAAAUGAAAGUGAGCGGCGAGGAUGUUUGUUAUCCUCUUUUUAUAAUGGUGAUGGUUAGUUAUUAUGAAGCUGGCUCUCAGAAUAAGAAGGGGAAAAGCUGUAUGCUCACCUUUUAUGCACCUUCAACAUGAUGUUAAUGUGUCUCUGUGUUCGAUCACAGCCAAAGUGAUGGAGGCGAUCUGGAAACCUUUUCGUUGUGUUACAUGUUUUAUCUUAAGCUGGGGCUCUUGAAUUGCCAAUGAAUGUGACUCUAUAACACUAACUUAUCAUGAAUGCUGCACCCUGUCCAACACUGGACUAUUUCCUGAUGCACACACACAGUGAUCAUGCUUAACUGUACCUUUUUUAUGCUAUGUUUAUGACUUACAGUCGGAGCCAGCAAGUGGUAA